UAUUUAAGAAAAUUAGAAAUAAAAAAAUGUCUUCUCUACUGCUGGAUGUUAGAGUUCCCAACUGUCCAUUUAAGGUACUUGCUGUUUCCUCGGUGACCACUAAGAGGCAGCAGAGGAUGAUAGGCAGGGUUGAUAGUAGCCCUAAGCUCAAUUAAGUAAUUAUUUUACCGAUAACACAAGUAAUUAAUAUUCAAAGCGGAUUCUUACGAACAAAAAAGGUUUAUAAAAAAAAGUUCUGUGUAAAUGAGACACGCCCCCCAGGAAGAGGAAAUCACUGUUGCCUAGCAACCAAGCGCCGCAAACAACCACUGAAAACAUCCGAGUUUCACCACGUGACGCAACAUAGACACAAUAGACAAAUAACAUUUAGGCUGAAAUAUAGAUAGAAAUGACAGGAAAGAAGAAAGAAGCAAGUCUGCAGGUGUCUGUCACGAACCAAGAGCAGUGGGAGGAGAUGUUGGCAACUAAAGGGUUAACGGUUGUUGAUGUUUACCAGCAGUGGUGUGGCCCCUGCCGAGCUGUCGUCAGCCUGCUACGGAAAAUUAAAAACGAAUUGGGCGAUGACCUGUUACAUUUGGCCACAGCCGAGGCAGACGGCAUCGAUGCCUUGGAGAGGUAUCGAGGAAAAUGUGAGCCCACGUUCCUUUUCUAUGGGGGUGGAGGGUUGGUGUCUGUGCUGCGGGGGGCCGACGCACCUCAGCUCCAGAGGAUUAUUUUAGAAGAACUGGCCAAAGAGAAGUUGGUCCUGGAGCAAGGAGGCGAACGCAAAGUGAUCAAAGAUGAAGGUUUGGUGAAUGAUGAUAAUGAAGAAAAGGAGGAGGCGCCUCAGCAGUUGCAAAAUGAAGAAAGCAUCACUGUUCCAGUUAGUAAAUCCUACACCGUCGCCAUCAUCAAACCAGAUGCUGUUGCUCACGGCAAAGCAAAUGAGAUUAUCAUGAAGAUACAGGACGCAGGAUUUGAGAUUCUGGCCCAUGAGGAACGAACCCUGUCUGAGGCUGAGGCUCGAAAUUUUUACCAGCACAAAACAGCAGAGGCUUACUUUGAGGAGCUGGUACAGUUCAUGUCCAGUGGUCCCUCCCACAUCCUGGUGCUGUCUCAGGCCGAAGGUUCUGCCAAUGUUGUCCCAGCUUGGCGUGAGUUCAUCGGCCCAGCAGACACAGAGGAAGCCAGGAGAGAAAAGCCAGACAGCUUGCGGGCACAAUACGGCACGCAGCCAGUGUUCAAUGCAGUGCACGGCAGUGAGGACAGCGACCAGGCCAGCAGGGAGCUCGCCUUCUUCUUCCCCAACUUUAGCAGAGCCUCGGUACAGAAGCAGGAUGGGGAGGAAGAGCCUGUGGAGAGGACACUGGCUCUAAUCCGGCCUGACGUUGCCAGAGAGAGGAGAGAGGAAAUCCUUUCUCAGAUCCACAAGUCAGGUUUCUCAGUGGCUCUACAAAGAGAGGUGAUGUUGACCGAGGAACAGGUCAGACAGUUCUACUCCCAGCAUGUGGAGGAGGACUACUAUCCUAUGCUAGUGAAAAGCAUGACCAGUGGCCCAGUGCUGGCUUUGGCUUUGGUCAGCACAGGGGCUGUCCAACGCUGGAGGAGCAACCUUGGUCCUCCUGACAUUAAUAAAGCCAAAGAGGAGAAUCCUGACUGUCUGAGAGCUCAGUUUGCUGUGGAGAAUGAGCCCAUCAACCAGCUCCAUGGAAGUGCAAAUCAGGAAGAGGCAGAGCGAGAGAUUAACUUCUUCUUCCCCAUGCAGCGAACACUGGCAGUCAUCAAACCCGAUGCCAUGGAGGAGCACAAAGAGGGAAUAUUGGAAGAGAUCCAGGCCACUGGUUUCACUGUGGCACAGCUGAAGGAGACGGUGCUAUCAAAGGAAAUGGCUGAGGAGUUUUAUAAGGAGCACCGGGGAAAGCCUUUCUUUGAGCAGCUGGUGGAGUUCAUGUGUCGCGGACCCUGCACGAUGCUUGUCCUGACCAAGGAAAAUGCAGUGGAGGAAUGGAGGGCCAUGAUGGGCCCCACAGACCCAGAGCAGGCCAAAGUGACAUCCCCAAAUUCCUUGAGGGCUCGCUUUGCCAGCAGUAUCCUCCACAACUCGGUCCACGGUGCUUCAAACGAGCAACACGCAGAGGAAAAGAUCGGUUUUAUUUUUGGUGAAAUCUGCACAGAUGCAGAAUCUAACUCUGAUGGAAGCAUUCCAGCAAAAGAGCAAGAAAAUCCUGGAAAAGAAAAUACAGCAGUGUCUGGAUCCCAUGGUGAAGACACUUCUGAUGACAAUCAGCAGCAACAGAUGGGUGAUCCAGAGAGUCCAGACGCCAGUCAGACAGGAGACAAUUUGAACUAACCAUCCUAGGACUCUGGACAGAGCACCUCAUGUAACACUUGUCCCAAACCUGGGAUAAUGGGAAUGUUAGUAUCAGGAAUAUUUGAC